GCGGAACCUACGAAAAUCAAGCGUGUUUCGUGGACCAAAGACGGCAAGAAUGGUGGCCCAUCGUCCUUAGAUGUGCUCGUUACGUGGGUGGGGUCAGGAGAAAGCUACCAACUUUGGCUGGAUGGACGCGGUAAAAGUGAUGGCAAGCACCGUCAGGCCUUGCAAGAGAUUACGUCCGAGCUGGAGAAUGCUGGUCUCACGCCCCGCAGCGACUCGAGUGUGAAAGGCAAGAUUACUUCACUGGAAAAGCAAUACGCUGCCGCCACAGAAUGGCUCAAAGAAAAGAGUAUCGAGCCCAAGGACGUUUUGAGUGGCAAGGCAGGCAGCGACGUGCUAGAGGAGAUACUAGACAAAUGCCCAUACUACCAGAAGUUCAUGCCGGUGUUCGGAGAGGUCCCU